UGCGUUUGGGGUGACUGAGGGUGAGGGCGGUCUGUGGGGUAGAGAAUGUAGUAGCUGAGGAUGAUUCAGUGAGGGAGGGUCUGGUAGUGAUGAGGUUUUCAGUGAGGGAAUGAGGAUAAGCAGUGUCUCUGUAGGAGGGACUGAGGGUGAGGAAUGUUCUUGGUGAGGGAGGGUAUGAGAGUGUCUCAGUGAGGGAAGAUUUGGGGGUGAGGGUCUUGAUGAGGGAGGUUCUUGGGGUGUGGAGGGUCGGUGAAGGAGGUUCUGAGUGGGGAGGGUCACAGUCAGGAUGGUGUUAGUGAGGGGUGUCUGAGUGUGAGGAGGGUCUUAGUGAGGGAGAAGCUGAAGCUGAGGAGGGUCUCAGACCAUGGGACCUCUUACAUUGAGUGUUGGUCUGAGUAUCUCCUGAGGUAGAGAUGGGUCUGAGGUGAGGGAACACUCUAGGAUAAGGGAUGGACUGAGGAAACUCAUGGGGUAAGAGGACGGUGUCUGUUGUAGCAGCUCCAGGGAUGGGCUGAAAAAACUCCUGAGGUAGUGGGAGGGAUCGAGGUGAGGCAGCUCCUGAGAUCAAGGGACCAUCUGACUUGAGGGAUCUCCGUAGGGUGAGAGAUGGCUGGGUCUAAGGGACUGACUUGAGGGAGCUUCUGAGGUAGUGGGGUAGUCGGAGUGAGGGGGCUGCUGAGGGUGAGGGACGGUGUGUUGAGAGGGAGCUCCCGAGGGUGAGGGACGGUAUGUUGUGAGGGAGCUCCUGAGGGUGAGGGACGGUGUGUUGAGGGGGAGCUCCCGAGGGUGAAGGACGGUGUGUUGGGAGGGAGCUCCUGAGGGUGAAGGACGGUGUGUUGAGAGGGAGCACCCGAGGGUGAGGGUCGGUGUGUUGAGAGGGGGCUCCCGAGGGUGAGGGACGGUGUGUUGAGGGGGAGCUCCCGAGGGUGAGGGAGGGUGUGUUGUGAGGGAGCUCCCGGGGGUGAGGGACAGUGUUGAGAGGGAGCUCCCGGGGGUGAGGGACGAGUCUGAGGUGGUCAGAGUCCACUGAUGACGGGUCUGUUACAGGAAGGUGUCAGACUGAGAGCGAUGGACUCUCCGUGUCAGAGGCAGAGGCAACGUCUGGUGAGGAGCCACAGGGGAACAUUGAACAACAGAUGGAAACCAGGCUGAGGGACUGUGGCCAUUUUAUCUACUGAUCAGUGUGUGGAAUGAAAACAGGACACCCUGGUCAAGAGUUACCUCCUGAGGCCCCUCCAUCUCAUUAUGCAAGAAGACAACACACCAGGAGCAGAAGAUGUCACCAGCCCCUCAAGCCCGGGCCACCACUCAUGGGUUGAUAUGUCCCAGUGCCACACCAGUAUACAAGAACAGAGAAGCCUAUUAAAAGUGGUGGAUACAGCCCAGUGCCCAGGAAAAGCUCUCCCCACCAUUGAGCACAUCGACAAGGAGCGUUGACACAAGAAAGCAGCAUCCAUCAUCAGUGACCCCCAUCAUCCAGACCGUGCUCUCUUCUCACUGCUUCCAUUGGGCAGGAGGUACAGGAGCCUUGGUCUCACAUCACCAGGUCUAGAACAGUUAUUACAGUUCCAUUGAGGAUAACUUCACUCACCUCAAUACUAACCUGAUUCCACAACCUAUGGAGUCACUUUCAAGGAGUCUACAUCUCAUGUUCUCAGUAUUAUUUAUUUAUCUAUUUUUCUUUUUACAGUGCCUUGAAAAAGUAUUCAGGCCCUGACACAUUGUUCACAAAAAUGAGUAUUGCAGCCAAGGAUUUUGACCAAUUUAACUGGGAAUUUUUAUUUGUAAAUCACAUGCUCCUUGUUUUUGCAGUGGAGCCAGGAAAAGAAACGGGAAAUUGUAAAGCGUGAAAAAUUAAGAAUUCAAAAACUGAAAUAUCAGCAGUUCCAGAGUAUUCAUCCCCCCGCCCCUUUGUUCUGUACAGAAGAGGCCAGGCUGACUCGAGGGAUUUGGAGUGAGGUCGAGGCAGUUUUGGGGCAUGCAGAGUGGAGAAAAGUUGGAUCAGCAGGCCCAGCAUAAAUACAUCCCAGAGAAGAAGUGUUCUAACUGGAGGCUGAGGCUGACAAGGGAAGUCGAAGAUAGCAUAAAAGCAAAAGAGAGGGCAUGGAUCGCAAAAUCAGUGUGAGGCUGAAAGAUUGGGAAGCCGAUGAAAACCAACAGAAGGCAACUUCAAAAGCAAUCAGGAGAGAAAUGUGAAAUAUGAAGAAUGUCACCGGCUGAACAGAGGGUUGUGUUGCUGAUCCUGGGUUUUCUGGUCACAGACUCCGCACUCGGUGAUCCGUGUGUAACCCACACCGUCCUGGAUCAGCCCUGGAGGAGCACGAAUUGUUCCAACACUGAGUGUACCGGUGGAGAGUUGAUGAAUGAUAAAAAUCUUGCUGUGAGAUGGUACAGAUUUAACAGUUCCGGAGGAUGGAAGAUUCCCGAGACGGUCGUUCCAGAGUAUCACUGCUCCGGGGAGAACCCAGGCUGGUUAAACGGUCCCCAUCCCAACGUGGGAGAGGGUGAGGUGACCAGGACUGUCUGCUUCAGCAAGGAUGAAAACCCCUGUGAGAAGUACCAGGAGAUCAGGGUGAAAAACUGCUCUGGUUACUUUGUGUAUCGGCUGGAGCCUACAACCAGGAAUGAUUCUGUGUACUGUACAGUCACAGACUCCGCACUCGGUGAUCCAUGUGUAAACCACACCGUCCUGGAUCAGCCCUGGAGGAGCACGGAUUGUAACUGCACAAAGUAUACCGGUGGACAAUGGAAGGGAGAUAAAAAUCUUGCAGUGGGAUGGUACAGAUUUAACAGUUCCGGAGGAUGGAAGAUUCCCGAGACGGUCGUUCCACAGGGUUGCUGCUGCGGGAAGAAAUCAGGCUGGUUAAACGGUCCCCAUCCCAACGUGGGAGAGGGGGAGGUGACCAGGACCGUCUGCUUCAGCAAGGGUGAAAAACCCUGUGAGAAGAGCCAGGAGAUCAGGGUGAAAAACUGCUCUGGUUACUUUGUGUAUCGGCUGUGGCCUACAACCGGGAAUGAUGCUGUGUACUGUACAGUCACAGACUCCACACUCGGUGAUCCGUGUGUAACCCACACCGUCCUGGAUCAGCCCUGGAGGAGCACGAAUUGUUCCAACACUGAGUGUACCGAUGGACAAUGGAUGGGUGAUGGAAAUCUUGCAGUGGGAUGGUACAGAUUUAACAGUUCUGGAGGAUGGAAGAUUCCAGAGACGGUCAUUCCACAGGAUCACUGCUCCGGGCAGUACCCAGGCUGGUUAAACGGUCCCCAUCCCAACGUGGGAGAGGGGGAGGUGACCAGGACCGUCUGCUUCACUGUGAGUGAAAACACCUGUUACUGGAGCCGGGAGAUCAGGGUGAAAAACUGCUCCGGUUACUUUGUGUAUCGGCUGGGGCCGACAACCGGGAGUAACGCUGUGUACUGUACAGACUCCGCACUCGGUGAUCCGUGUGUAACCCACACCGUCCUGGAUCAGCCCUGGAGGAGCAUGAAUUGCUCCAACACUGAGUGUACCGGUGGACAAUGGAGGAAUGAUGUAAAUCUUGCAGUGGGAUGGUACAGAUUUAACAGUUCUGGAGGAUGGAAGAUUCCGGAGACGGUCGUUCCACAGGGUCGCUGCUCCGGGGAGUUCCCAGGCUGGUUAAACGGUCCCCAUCCCAACGUGGGAGAGGGGGAGGUGACCAGGACCGCCUGCUUCACCCAGGGUGAAGACAGCUGUUACAGGAGCCAGGAGAUUGGGGUGAAAAACUGCUCCGGUUACUUUGUGUAUCGGCUGCUGCCAGCACCCUUGAGUUACGCUGUGUACUGUACAGACCUGGAGGCUUCCACAAUGGAUCAAUCCAAUGGAUCAUCUACAGGACAACCCAUCCCAUCACCAUCCUCUGUCUCAGAGGGACAGAGAUCCUCAGAUUCCCAGUCGGACACCACUCAGGAACCCCAGGGGUCUGCGACUGGAGGACCUGGUCCGGGUUUGUCCACCACCCCAGCAGGGUCUGCAAGCUCAGAUCUGGAUAGGAGGACAAGCCCCAACGCCGGGCAGGAGAAGCCGACGGACACCACGUGCAAAACCUAUGAGAUGAUCCCAGUGAAUGAGCUCCUGUUGGAUGAGGAGUGUGAGGGGAUGAUCAGCAGUGUCAAAGUGCUGUACCUUGGGCAGAAGAACCUGGGAGACCCCCAGGAGCGAGAGGCCUACCUCAAUCAGAUACGUGAGAUACUGAGGAAACAGCUCCCCUGCAAGCAAAUCCUGUCCAGGAGAAAUCGCGACAAGGGAAAUAACUGAGAAGGAAGAUCUCAGACUGUGUUUGUCCAGCGUAUCACAGGGUGAUGGACGAUGUGUGAAGUGUUCAUGGGUUGUGGUGGGGAGUGUGAGGUUUCAGUCGGUUGUGUGAUGGUGGUGGGGAAUCCAAUAUCAGUGAAAUAUUAUUAGCAUCAAUUAGACUGUGUAUCUGUCAUUGAGAAUCAGGUUUAUUAUCAGUGACAUAUUACUCUUUCAUCUUUCAUUAUUUCUCAUCGAUUGAGUGUAAUAAUGGGUUUAAUCCAAGCAAUGAAAGACACAUUCAGAUUCCUGGGAAGUGUCUCUGUAAUUGUUUCUGUAUUUCCAAUGAUCCACGGUUACUUUAAUUAAGAAUGUAUUUCUGUUUUACUUCAGUUGUGAUGUUACAUUCAUUUAUGACUGUUAUUAAAAGUAAUAUCAUAAAGACACAAAAUAAAUGAACAUUCCCAAACAGCUUGCGGAGAAAGGAGACUGUUUCUGCACAAUUGAUCUUCCUUUGCACGUCAGCUGUUUGUCAGUCUUUAUUUAAGUGUAGAUUUUGGUAAGUUGUAUCGUGCUUUAUUUUCAUGUGAAUGCUUGUAUGAAAAUGAGUCUCAGGGUAGUAUAUGGUGAUGUAUACGUACUUUGUUAAUAAAUUUACUUUGAA